AUGAAAACGAACAUGCCUGAUGUCAAGCAGGAGAAGGAUAAAAUCGACGAUCGAUUUGGAUCGUCGAGACAUCAGAGUGAGAAUGAACAUGAAUUUGAGUCGUUGGAGUACGAGGAGGACGCUUAUUAUUUAAAUUUAACGGCGACUCCCAGUUUUGACGAUGUCGACGAGCUGAGUGACGACGCGGACGAGUUGGUUGUUCAUUGUUGGAGGGACUCGAAUGGGGACAUCGACGAGAUCGUGGUGGACGAUGCGAACCUGUCCGUGGAGACGCAGUUCUUGACGAUGGAACAGGAGGACGGGGCCAGAGGACGGGGACGGAAGAAACGGAAGUCCGUUCGUGUGAUAUUCCAGGAUUUCUCGAAGCCGUAUCUCGCGAAAAUCAGCAACAGCCAGAAUUAUAAGAAGUUCCUCGAAUUGGUAAAAGGAGAAGACGCCACCCUUCACUCGUCGGGUUAUAUAUCGCCGUCGUCGGACAACGUCGUGAACGAGUUGCAAGGACUCACCUUGGAGGAGCAGGACCGUCAGAAAGCGGAAUGGAGCGCGGAACUCGCGAAAGUCGAGGAAGAGAUACAGACCCUGAGGCACGUGCUGGCGAACAAGAUCCGGGUCUCUCAGGAACUGAAGAGGAAAUUGGGCAUCAGCGUCUGGAAAGAGAUCACCGACGACAUGAAUCAGGGCUUGAAAAACGUUAAGGAGAGUCAAGUUUAUCAAAACGUCGGAGAGAAACUCGGUCAGAUCACCAAGGCAGUCUCCGAGAACACUUUAUUCCAGAAGACGGAGUCUGUCAUCAAAACCACGGCUGAGAAGACGACCAGUAUUCUCGGUGGGUUCGGGAGCGGAUUGUCGAUGAAGCUGGGUCAGAUGCGUAAUUCCGACAGCUUCCGUUCGCUGGAGGAACGCGUCGGUUCUGCUUACGAGAACAUGAAGGUACUCGUGAUCGAAGAUCACAAGGGAAAAACAUGACAAGUCCAAUUUUCCGUUUUAUCUCUUCGAGAGACUGAGGCGGCGAGACGCGCGUCCGCCGCACCGUCAGCGACCAGCCCGACCAUUCCCGAAGACAAGCUCCUCUCUUAGAGCCGACCCUCGAAUCUGCAUCGAUAUCCGCGCCUCUUCUCUGCGUAACAUGCUGACGCGUCGAAACCCCGUGUGUGACGCCCAGGUGUUUGUUUCGCAUCUUAUGCUACCUGUAAUCACUUUCUACCGCAUCAUUGUUAUUAAUCAGGGCUAAAGCGAUAUACUCGUGUACAAUCGAUGAUUCCGUAUAUCAGGAAAGGUCGGCCGAGGUGAUAGAAAGAUAGUGGCGGGAACCACGCUUCGCGUUCGCUUCGAGCGAGACUCGGUUCAAGGCCCGUGGUACAAACGAUAAUCUGUGUGUGCGUCAGAAAAUGUCCAUUUCAACAGCACCACCCAGACGCAGUUGAAAUUUCACUGUAUACCGCGACCUGUCGUGCCGCUACCCGUCCUUCUGUGUCCUCUUGAAAGAGGAUUUCAUUGCUUUUGCUCAUCGAUGUAUCUAAAACCGAUUUUUAAUUGUCGUUGAAUUUCCCUGAUACAAGGUUUAUAUUUUUGUUCGAUUUGUUUUGAUAUAUUCUGUUGGUUUUUCAUUUAUAAGAUGCAGGAUCUUUCGUGUCAGUUCGACUGACACGUAAUCGCGGCGUGUUCGUUUCUUGUUCGUUUUCUAUUUUUUCUUUGUUCGCAGGCUCAAAGCGUUGCGGGCGGUGUUGCAUUUUCAGUCAGGCCGUCGUGUUACACAAGAAGAUGGCGAUUGAUUCCUUAUUUUAUCGAACUUAAUUUGCACUAUAGCAGUUUUUAUAACGCUUAAUAAUAUAUCGUUGGAUACGUACCUUAAUGGAUUUCUUUUUUGCGUUGCAACCUGUUUUCUCCGCACCGUCGAUUACGUGAAAGUAAGGCACGCGCUUUUUUUGAUAGAUACUUUAUUAGGUGGUGUUUCGCCCUUCGACCAUCCUCACGGAAUAUCCGGGAUCCCUGUUUCGAGGACGAUGCAUAUUCCUGUGGGAACGGUCGCAAUACUCUUCGAUAAGACUUGUGCUUCUACGUUACUGUCCUGUCUCGUGUCGAUACGUCAUCGAUUUUUGUUGUAACUAUUUUAAAUGUCAGGCACAGUUUGGCCAAGCUGGUCUGGUACCAAUAGGCAGAAUCAAAAAGCGUGGACCGGAAAUGGAAGAAAUGUAAUGGAGAAAAUGACCGAAAUUUUAAUUCAGUACUGUUCACUGUUAUACUCGAGUUGACGGUGUUUGGCCUACGAACGUAAUUUUGGUUACCUAUUUUUUACCCCCAUCAAAUUGUGGGGCAUCUAAUACCUGCCUUUAACCCUUUGGUACGGCGGUAAUCGGUUGCUAAGUGUUACGCAGUCAUCGAGAGUCUAAAUUGUCGCAUAAAAUCAUAGACCUAUGCAAUGCAAUGUGGUAUGAAGUUAGCCUUUAGUUAUCUGUAAAAAGCAAAACACUUUUGUGUUAACUUGAGGUCGAGGAUAGUUUAAAAUUGAAUCAAAGGGUUAACCCUUUCGCCUACAAUAUCGAUCUUCUUGUUUACUGCUGAAUCGUUCGUAAUUACUUAUCUAAGAUCCUACAAAAAAUUAAACCAGUUGUACCUUACACAUGUAUUUACAUAUUACAAGACGUGUGCGAUUUGCACAACUUUGAGCGCACGUCCGAAGCGUCAAAUGGCUCGGCGCGUAACCGCCAAGGCGUUGAUUGUGGCGCGCCUCGUCGGAACUUAAAUCGUAGACGAAAGCGUUAAGCUAACUCAUCAGUUAUUGUCUAUACGAACUAAACAAUAGUGUACCCAAGAUUUUCAAUUUUCUGGGUCAAUCGAAACUCGUAAACUCGAGUAUAGCUUCUACGGUCAACGAAACAAUUCGACACUUUUAGAAUAUAGUAAGAAGAAAAUUCAUUGGUAUUUUCGAUCAGCGAUGUAAUUUCUUCCGAUUACGCGCGAUGGUCCCGACCUCGGUCGGCCGAACUACAAUAAAAUUCACCUUCCUUGAACUGUACGCUUAAUUUACGUCGUACAACGACUGUGGCCGCCAUUGGUCAAUUUUUAGUCACACAAUCGCAAAUCAUAUGAAUCUGGCCACACUCGUGUAAAUCAUAAUUACGUUACGAACGGAUGAUAAUUGAAAUUUUACCUGGUCUGUUAUAGGAUGAUACGAAUCUUUUUUAGUUAACGGAAGUGUAAUAUAUUAUUGGAAAGUAUUUAUCCGCACGAUGUUUAUGAAGGGAUGACGAGAGUGACUUUAUUUUAAAUGUUGAAAAUAAAAAAAAAAGCUAUUCUGAUCGGAAAUUGACCAGGAACAACAACCGAGAAUAGUUUUUUCUCUUGAACUCUAUCGACAGAAUUUAUUGUGGCGUGAAUGGAGUGCGUUUGCUUGGCCCUCGGUGUUUAAAACCACUGAGAACACUAUCUAUACACGGGAACACGCAAGAAUCUCUGAUAUAUUUAGUGUACGCACUAUGUGAUACAUGAGCGAGAAGCAUUUAUGAAGGUGUGUGUCGGUCAAACACGAUCCGAUUACGUGUGUGUCUGUCAGUUCUGCGCUUAUGAUCGUCAUCGACAACCUGCUACACAAUCUACUUGUUCAUAUUGGUGAAUAAAUUAUUUUAAGAAAUGUCA